AUGUAUCUUUUACUUGAAAUCAUCGAUAGGUUGACGAUAUUACAGGGUGCCGUCCUUGCCUUUGGCCUCUGGGCCGUAUAUAAGCUUCUGCAAGCAAUCUACAACAUAACCUUACACCCUCUUGCAGGUUUUCCUGGACCAGUAUUGGCAGGUACUUCAUAUUGGUAUGAAGGCUACUUCGACUUGAUCCUAUGGGGUAGAUAUACCAGCGAAAUAGCACGCAUGCAUGAGAAAUACGGUCCUAUUGUGCGAAUUAAUCCUGACGAGCUUCAUUGCAGCGACCCUCAUUUUAUAGAUGAGAUAUUUGCUAUCGGAACUAGGAAAAGGAACAAACCAGCACAUCAAUUGAGUCCUUCGUCAAUUGCUGAGAUACACUCUAGCGCCACAUUCUCAGGCUUUGGCACUGCGGAUCAUAAUCUUCAUAAACUACGACGAGCUCCCUUGACCAAGUUCUUCUCAAAACUUCAAAUAACCAAAUUGGAGCCAGAAAUUCACAAAGCUGUUCAUCUUCUUGGUGACAAGCUGCUUCGAUUUGCGAAUAAGAAAGAGCCAUUUGACCUGACCUCGGCAUAUAGCUGCUUCACUUCUGACAUUAUAGCUGAAUACUGUUUCGGUGAAAACUUAGGAUUUCUUCAACAAGAUGGCAUUAAGCCCAAUUUCAGGCGGGCCAUUUUCACGGUUCUCAACGCAACCUACGUCUUGAGAUUUAUACCUUGGCUCAAGCCACUGGCGCUGACGGUUCCAUAUAUAGCCAAAUACCUCUCUGAAGAUGUAGGAAUGCUUGCAGAGACUUUGAAUGUCACCAUACCAAAAUGGAUCAAAGAGACCAAAGUCGAGAUGGACGCUGGAAUUGUCAGAGAACGAGAGACAAUAUUUGCCUCUUUGUUUCGGUCAAAUCUUCCUGAUGAAGAAAAAACAGUUGCACGCUUCGCUGGAGAGACUGCGGCGCUUUUCGGCGCAGGCACUGAGACAACAAGCUGGACGUUGGCGGUUAUAACUUACUAUCUUCUGACACGGCCUGAGAUUCUCAAAAAACUUACCGAAGAGCUUCGAACUGUCGUCGAUGAUCCCAAAUCACUUCCACCUUGGUCAACACUCGAACAGUUGCCCUACCUAAACGCUGUGAUGACUGAAGGACUGCGACUCUCUUAUGGUGUGUCUGGUCGUACUGCACGAGUCGCGACCGAAGAGGAUCUUGUGUACCACGGCACGUGGACUCCAAAGGGUUCCAACGCUUCUAUAACCCUGGACUAUGUGGUACCUCGGGGAAUGGCAAUUGGCAUGACAUGUGUCAUUAUGCAUCAUGAUGAAGACAUCUUUCCUGAUUCACAUAACUUUAUACCAGAAAGAUGGCUCGUAAAAGGUAAACAAAGAAGAGAUAUGGAGCGCUCAUUCUUUACGUUCGGCAAAGGAAGCCGUCAAUGCUUAGGAAUGAAUCUGGCGCAUUGCGAGUUAUACCUCGCUCUUACGGCACUCAUAUUCCGGGUAUACCCACGCAUGCAACUCUACGAAACCACGGUCGAAGAUGUCACGUAUGACCACGAUUUGUUAGUUCCAGUGGCAAAGGGUAAUGGGGUAAAAGUUGUCAUUACGUGA